AUGGCUUCUCCCAGGAUUGACAGUCCGUCCAGGAAGCACAUCACCAAGGUACAAAUCAAGCCUUUGCUGAGGAGGGUCUCUCAGAAUGGAUCACCGUCGACAUCAAUUGACCUUUCGCGAUCCUCAUUUGAACAAGAAGGGUUAGGCAUCUAUACAAGCUACGAGAGGGACAGCGUCCAGAGUGACCUAUACACGAACUUCCCGGCCAGGAGGAAGUUAUCCGAUUUUCAUCGCCGAUCCACAAGUGGCACUUCCCAGCUUUCCACAGCUAGCAGCUCUAGUAUGGGCAAACCUGGGUCGCAGUAUGUUCAUCCAAUGCGUCUUGCUCCACGCGAAUAUACUCCUCCUUUAGCGGCCCAUUCUUGUCAAAACUCCUACUUUGAGAACGAUGCUUCACCAAAUACGGGGGUCCCAGAAGGGUAUAUUCUGAACCAUUCUUACACAGAAAUCAAUGAUCAGGCUGGUCGCGCCUCGUCCGGACCCAAACCCCGUCUGUCAUUGCAUAUUCAAGAUAGCUCCUUUACGCGACUACCUGGAGCCUCGCAGACCAACAUAACUGGCCGGUCAUCUUUUGGUUACUCAAGAGAUAAUGCCAGCACACUAGACACUACAUCACCCACGUCGCGGUCAUCUCUGGACUUCGUCUUCCGGUCAAGGACACGGACGAGCAUGGACCCUGUAUCCAGAGCAGCUACAGUUCAAGCAGCACGUCAAGCUUUUGAAGAGAAGGAAGCGGCCAAGACCCGAAAGUUUGAGCAGCAGCGAAUGAAGGCUGAAGAGAGACAAAUGAAACGAAGAGAGAAGCAAGACCAUCGGACGUCGUUGCGAGAAGGAGACAUUCAAGAAAAGGGAUGGGAAGAAAAUCAAGCAAAAAACGACACUACCCAACAGGGGGCACCUCGCCACUCACAAUCCACGUCCCAGGCACCUGCAAACUCGGAGAAUUGGAAGUCGCAAUCGAAAAGCACAUGGAUGCUUUUCUUAACGUGGUUGAGGACAAGGGUCUUCAAAUUUCGAAGAAGAGUUCGCAGGCUGAGCUGA